AGCUCUUUGCCUGGGGGUGCUGGAGGAGUUUGAAAUGGCUUCUCGGAGUCCGUCUUCGGCCCGUUUCAGAAACUAAAACGGCAGAAAGAUUUUACCUGUCAUAAUGGCACAGUUUGGAGGACAGAAAAAUCCCCCUUGGGCUACUCAGUUUACAGCUACAGCAGUUUCUCAGCCAGCUGCUCUGGGUGUACAGCAACCUUCAUUACUUGGAGCAUCUCCUACAAUAUAUACACAGCAAACUGCGUUGGCGGCAGCAGGCCUCAGUACUCAGACACCGACCAACUAUCAGCUCACUCAGACAGCUGCUUUGCAACAGCAAGCUGCGGCUGCAGCUGCAGCAUUACAGCAGCAAUAUUCACAACCUCAGCAGACCCUCUAUAGUGUACAACAGCAGUUGCAGCAGCCUCAGCAAACACUUUUAACUCAGCCAGCUGUGGCACUGCCAACAAGCCUUAGUCUCUCUACACCUCAGCCAGCAGCACAGAUAACUGUUUCUUAUCCAGCACCACGGUCAAGUCAGCAGCAGACCCAGCCCCAGAAACAGCGGGUCUUCACUGGGGUGGUUACCAAGCUCCACGACACAUUUGGUUUCGUUGAUGAAGAUGUGUUCUUCCAACUCAGCGCUGUUAAAGGGAAGACUCCCCAAGUUGGAGACCGUGUCUUGGUAGAAGCCACUUAUAAUCCUAACAUGCCUUUCAAAUGGAACGCACAGCGAAUUCAGACGCUACCAAACCAGAACCAGACUCAGACCCAGCCUUUACUCAAGACUCCUCCACCAGGGCUCCAGCCCAUCGCACAGCAGCCUGCGUUCAGUGUCCAGGCGCAGCCCCAGCCACUCCUGCAGGCACAAAUAUCAGCCGCUUCUAUAACACCUUUGCUUCAGGCCCAGCCACAGCCAUUGUUGCAGCAGCCCCAACAGAAAGCUGGUUUGCUACAGCCUCCUGUUCGAAUAGUUUCACAGCCUCAGCCAGCUCGAAGAUUAGAUCCGCCGCCCAGAUUUUCAGGCCGGAAUGACAGAGGAGACCCCAUGGCUAACAGAAAAGAUGACAGAAGUCGUGAGAGAGAGCGUGAGAGGCGCAGAUCACGAGAAAGAUCGCCCCAGAGAAAACGUUCUCGAGAGAGAUCACCUCGAAGAGAGAGAGAAAGAUCACCUCGAAGGCCCCGGCGUGUUGUUCCCCGCUAUACAGUGCAGUUUUCCAAGUUCUCAUUAGAUUGCCUUAGUUGUGAUAUGAUGGAAUUGAGGCGACGAUACCAGAACUUGUAUAUCCCAAGUGACUUCUUUGAUGCUCAGUUUACUUGGGUGGAUGCUUUUCCUAUGCCAAGACCAUUUCAGCUGGGAAACUACUGCAAUUUCUAUGUCAUGCAAAGAGAAGUCGACCCCCUGGAUAAGAACACCGCUGUGCUGGACCCAGCAGAUGCUGAUCAUCUUUACAGUGCAAAGGUGAUGCUCAUGGCUAGUCCUAGCAUGGAAGAUCUUUAUCACAAAUCAUGUGCCCUUGCUGAAGAUCCUCAAGAAGUCCGGGAUGGUUUUCAACACCCCGCUAGACUUAUAAAGUUUUUAGUGGGUAUGAAAGGGAAAGAUGAAGCCAUGGCUAUUGGUGGACAUUGGUCACCUUCACUGGAUGGACCUGACCCAGAGAAAGACCCAUCUGUGCUGAUUAAAACUGCUAUCCGGUGUUGCAGGGCCCUAACAGGAAUUGAUUUAAGUGUAUGCACACAAUGGUACCGUUUUGCAGAGAUUCGCUACCAUCGCCCUGAGGAGACCCACAAGGGGCGUACAGUUCCAGCUCAUGUGGAGACAGUGGUUUUAUUUUUCCCGGAUGUUUGGCAUUGCCUUCCCACCCGCUCAGAGUGGGAAACCCUCUCCCGAGGAUACAAGCAGCAGCUGGUCGAGAAGCUUCAGGGUGAACGCAAGGAGGCUGAUGGAGAACAGGAUGAAGAGGAAAAAGAUGAUGGGGAAGCUAAAGAAAUAUCUACUCCUACCCAUUGGUCCAAACUUGAUCCAAAAGCAAUGAAGGUGAAUGACCUACGCAAGGAGUUAGAAAGUCGAACUCUUAGCUCGAAAGGUCUGAAAUCCCAGCUAAUAGCCCGGCUAACAAAGCAACUAAAAGUGGAGGAGCAAAAGGAAGAACAGAAAGAAUUGGAAAAAUCUGAAAAGGAGGAUGAGGAGGAAGAAGAAAGAAAGUCUGAAGAUGACAAAGAGGAAGAAGAGAGGAAACGGUUAGAAGAAGUAGAACGCCAGCGUCGAGAGAGAAGAUACAUUUUGCCUGAUGAACCUGCAAUCAUUGUGCAUCCUAACUGGGCAGCCAAAAGUGGAAAGUUUGACUGCAGUAUUAUGUCCCUUAGUGUUCUUCUGGAUUACAGGUUGGAAGAUAACAAAGAACAUUCCUUUGAGGUUUCAUUAUUUGCAGAACUUUUCAAUGAAAUGCUUCAGAGGGAUUUUGGUGUACGAAUCUACAAAUCAUUGUUGUCUCUUCCGGAUAAGGAAGAUAAAAAAGACAAAAAGAACAAAAAAGAUGAGAAAAAAGAGAAAAAGGAAGAGCGAGAUGAUGAAAAUGAUGACCCUAAGCCCAAAAGAAGAAAAUCUGGAGAUGAUAAAGAUAAAAAAGAUGACAGAGAUGACAAAAAGAGGGAAGAUAAGAGGAAAGAUGAUUCUAAGGAUGAUGAUGAAAUGGAAGAUGACAAUAACCAGGAAGAAUAUGAUCCAAUGGAAGCUGAAGAUGCAGAGGAUGAAGAUGAUGACAGAGAUGAUGAUGAAAUGAACAGACGAGAUGACAGAAGAGAGGGAAACCGACAUUGCAAAGACAGGGCUUCUAAAGAUAAGGAAAGAAACAAGACCCAGAUGGUAACUAUUAAUCGAGAUCUUCUGAUGGCUUUUGUUUACUUUGAUCAAUGCCAUUGUGCAUAUCUUCUUGAAAAAGAUUUGGAAGAGAUCCUGUACACACUUGGACUACAUCUCUCAAGAGCUCAGGUUAAGAAACUACUUAAUAAAGUAGUACUUCGAGAAUCUUGCUUUUAUAGAAAACUGACAGAUACUUCGAAAGAUGAAGAAAAUCCAGAAGAAAUGGAAAGUCCACAGGAAGAAAUGCUAGGAAACAGGCUGCUGCUGCCAUCACCUGCUGUAAAGCAAGAAUCCAAAACAUCAGAGGAAAACGUUGGUCUCAUUGUCUAUAAUGGAGCCAUGGUGGACGUGGGGAGUCUCUUGCAGAAAUUAGAGAAGAGCGAAAAAGCACGAGCUGAAAUGGAACAAAAGCUUCAAUCACUGGAAGAAAAAACAGAUGAAGAUGAAAAGACUAUAUUGAAUUUGGGGAACUUAAACAAAAGCCUCUCUGUGGAAAUUAAAGAGGUGAAAAAAGAGCUCAGCAAGCUGCAGGAGAACUUGAAGAUAUCAGAAGAUACAAAUUUACAGUUUGAAGGGCAGCUGACUAAGACCAUCAAAGGUUUGGCAACCGUUAUGGAUGAAAUACACAUGGUUCUUAAGAAGGACAGUGCGAAGAAUGAGGAUAAAGAUCAAACAUCCAAAGAAAACGGAGCGAAUGUAUGACAAACAUGCUGCCGCUGG